AUGUCUUCAGAACGGAGAUGCUUGCAUUCUUCUAUGUGUUACAAGACCUCUCCUCAUGCUGCUGAAGUAGGUUAUAAACAACCAAGUCUGAAGCAAAGGACUGCGGCCACGAGACCCGCAGGAUUCCAAGGACAAUACGGCCGUAUUGAUCCGAGCAUAUAUCCAGCUCCAUUGGUUUUGCCUGGCGAUGACCUUGCACUGGAUCCUGAGUACCCACCGCAAUCUUUUCAAGAGUGGUUGGACGAGGAGGAUCGCAACGAAGUCACUUCGGACAGAAGGACAGUCUAUGUUGUCGCGCCACCCGACUAUGAUGAAGAUGCCCGUUUUGCGCAGGCAUGGACCUCUCCAAGAGUGGGCAAGGCCCAGCAUCAGUUAGUAAGGCCUACUCCACAAGACAUCGUCGGUUACCUCGCGGCAUUUUACCAUGGGGUCCCCGUCAAGCUCCUUCGAGUACCUGACUUUCGUUUUGUUCCUUGGGAUGGUCAACAAUCCAAGAGCCCACCCCGCUUCAUUGGUUUAGCUGUUUCAGACGAGUGCGUUGGCAUUCGGACGCGGGCAUGCCCUGACAAAGUUUACCCUCGGCAAUUGAACCUCGACGAUCUCCUAGAUGUGGCGAUAAGCAUACUGCCCAAGGAUGCGUAUGCCUUGUGUCUUCUCGUGAACCAUGAUCUCUAUGAGGACGCGGAUGAUACGUUCAUCUGCGGACGUGCAUACGGUGGAAGUCGCAUCGCAGUGGUCUCUAGCGCCAGAGCGGGAGCAUUCGUGGCCGGCAUCACAUUGUAA